UUCAGAGGUGAACUUUAUGGAGACGACGAAGAUGUCUGUUGCCUCCACUUCCGCUCCUCUUUUUGGAACCUUCAAAGAAGAACACACCAACAUCCCAGAGGCGGUCGACGACUUUAUCAGGAACUUCCUGCAGAAAAUUGGCCUGAGCCGGACUCUGGACUGUUUUGAGGUCGAGUGGUACAGCUCAGCUCAGAAACUCCUGACAGAGCCCUUGUUGACAGCUCCCCCACCACCGGGCGCCCUUGUCAUCCCCGAUGCCCUCACGCACAAACAACUCCUUCAGUCUGAACUGCAGAAGGUCUACACAGAGACGAACCAUUUCAAAGAGGAGGUGCUGUCUGCGGGGGACAGCCUCGUGAGGCUGCAGAGGGACCGAGAUCUGCACCGGCUGCACUGCCAGAAACUCGUCGCUGACAAAAGCCGUCUGAUGGAGGACAUUAAGCGGCUGAAGAAACGCCUGGCGGCCUAUGAGCCGGCGCUGAGGCAGCUGGAUGACAAAUAUGAGGCAGCCCUGAGACAGAAGAUGCUUCUCGGUUUGGAAAGUGAACGGAUACAGAACAACCUGAACGCCGGUCUGCUUCUGGACAAAACCCGAACCAAGAUGGAGAGACGCACCAAGAAGAGCAGCGCCCAACUGCCAACCCUCCCCAGACACCCAAAGGACACCGAGUUUCCCGUCUGCAGCAGGCCAGUGAACCUUCAGCGCGCUCAGGGAAAUCCCGGAGAACAGAAAAGCCUGAAUUCAUUCAAUCUGUUCUAUUCCAUCAAAGCCCACGCUCUUCCCAUUAGCUGCAUCAGCCAACUUCCCGGGAAAAAAAUCCUCGCCAGUGCCAGUGAUGACUGCAGUUGGAGGCUGUGGGCACUGCCAGCCAGCAGGGAGAAGGUGGGCCAGAUGGUCCUGACAGGUGAAGGUCACUCCGAUUGGCUGUCCAGCUGCAGUUUUCACCCAGAAGGAACGAAACUGGCAACAACCAGUGGAGACACCACAGUUAAGCUCUGGGAUUUGUUUUGCGGACGUUGUGUGUUGACAUUCUCCGGUCAUAGCCAACCCACCUGGGGGUGCUCCUUCCAUUCGUGCGGUCACUUCCUGGCAUCCUGCUCCUCCGAUAAAACCGCCAAACUGUGGGACCUGAAUAGCCAGCGCUGCCGGCUGACAAUGCGUCGCCACACCGCCUCCGUCAACAGCGUCUGCUUCCAGUCCUUCUCCAACACUCUCCUCACUUGUUCGGCAGAUAAAACUCUCGCCCUGUGGGACAUCAGACUCGGAGUGUGCACCGCAUCCUUCGUCGGACACCAGCAUCCCUGCAAUCACGCCACCUUGGGCCUUGGCGAGGAAGUUGUCGCUUCCUGCGACACCCGCGGCAUCGUCAACCUGUGGGACAUCCGGAGGCCCGCCUCGCCCCUUCGCACGAUCGACGCCGGGCCCCUGAGUGCCAAUCAGGUGGCGUUCAAUCCAUCGAGGAAGAUGCUGGCAAUCGCAAGCAGCGAUAGUUUGGUUAGACUGGUGGAUGUGGAUUCAUGCAAAGUCAGCAGCCUGUCCGGACAAAGGGACAGUGUGCAGAGCGUCACCUUUGACCACACGGGAAAAACGGUCAUGUCUGCAGGGAGUAAUGGGCUCAUUAACGUAUGGAUGUAAGACAGUCAAGGGGAACAGGACGUUGUGCUGAUCAAAAUCAAGUUUCGCAUAAUACUGGGCAGUCAAAUGCUAUUUGAUGGAUUUUAACCUCCAAUUAU